AACCAGCUUUGAAUUAGAUUUUUAAAACGUAUUCUUCUAAGUAGAAAGGAACAGAGUAGAACCUUAUUUAUGCUGAGAAUGUGAAAGGGACCAGUAAUUAUAUUAUGGAUAUGGUAUUAGGUGAACUUGGGCUCUGGUCUGAAACUCUGCCAUUCACAGGAUAGGUGAUCUUGAGGAAGUUCCCCAGCCUUGCUGUGCCUCAACUUUCAGCUGAGGAUUGAGAUGAUGCUCAGCAGAAUACCUGACACUUAAUAAAUGCUCAAUAAAUGUUAUUGAACACACAAAUGCUAUUUGUUUUCUUUUUCGUUGUUUUCUUUUCUUUUUCUUUUUUUUUUUUUUGAGACAAGGUCUCUCUGUCAUCUAGGCUGGAGUGCAGUGGUGCAUUCUUGGCUCACUGCAAUCUCUGCCUCCUGGGUUCAAGCAAUUCUCAUGCUUCAGCCUCCCAAGUAGCUGGGAUUACAGGUGUGCACCACCAUACCUGGCUGAUUUUUUUUUUUUUUUUUUUUUUUUUGUAUUUUUAGUAGAGACAAGGUUUCACCAUUUUGGCCAGGCUGGUCUUGAACUCCUGGCCUCUGGUGAUCUGCCCACCUAGGCCUCCACUCAAAGUGCUGGGAUUAUAGGCAUGAGCCACCAUGCCCAGGUACAAAUGCUAUUUUUCAAUAGCUACCAGAAAGCAUGAAAAAACAAUACUUUUGUCAAGAACAUUCUCUUCCUUAUAGUUAGAACAAAAACUGAAAGGUUUUGGAACAAAAACCGAAACUAGUUAAGUAUACCAAGAUAAGAAAGAUUUUAUACAUUUUUAAAUUAAGGAUCUAGUUAUAUUUAUGUCUUUAAGGCUAAUUUAAAAAUUUUAUUUCUUGAAAAAUUCUAGGCAAAGACUCCAAUAUCUGUAGCAAAAAAAAAAAAAAAAAACUUGGUUUACUUUCCACUCUUUCUCAAAGCCUUUCCCCAUGCGUUAGCUGGUGGAUUUCUGGGCAGUCUGGUGGUGGCUGCAUCUUACAGUCCCUGGAAAUCCAAAGAGCCCAGUGCAUCUGCUGGCAGUGCACCUUGUCAUCUGUAAUAGCACUGUGAGCUAGCUAGAGAAGUUUCCAGAAGCUGCUACAAAUCUCCAGGAUCAGCCCCUCAUUACCUCCUAGUCAGAUAAACCCCAAAUCUUGUUUUUUGGGAGGGGGGAAAACCACUUGAAUAAUAGGAGCCCAAGAACACUGACUUACCUACCAAGGAAUCUGGAGGUAGACGUAUGGAGUUCGUUGAUAUUGUCUAAUUUCCAGCCCAGAAUUUCUCCUCUUUACUAUUUUGCUGCUGUUCUGAAGGCCCAUGGAGUACAGUAUUUAUUUAAUAUCUUCUUUUUGGGAGCUGCUAUUGACCUUUCCAUCUUGCUUGUGGAGAAAUCAAAUAGAAGAGAGGAGGAGUCUUCUGUAUGUAGCAUGAGAGGGAAAGACCUCAGGUGCCUUAACUCCCAAAAUAGGAAGUGCUGUUUUUGAUGGGGUAUCAUAUUCAUAUUCCUCACCACAUUUUUUUCUGAGGAUUUAUAUCUGUACGUCUGCUUUGAGCAUUAAUUUUGAGUUCAAAUAACCGGUGGUUUUGCAAAGACUUUGGUUCUUUCUGUGCUCCAAAAGAAAAGUGAAAUAAUCAACAAUAUUGCUCCUUCGAUUUUCUUUUACGCAAGGAAUUGGCCUAAACCCAAGUCAAUGAGAAGUUAACUAGCACCUGAGCAUCAUUUUACAGCGUUUCUUAAUUCUGUCUGGUGUUAGGAAUCCCAUUGCUUCCACCCUAGACCUACAGAAUCACAACCCACAGCGGGAGUCAGUACGUUUAACAAGCACUUUAGGUGAUUGUUGUUAUUAGUCAAGCGUGAGAGACACUUGAGGAGAAAUUACUAUUAACUCCUCUUUUCAGUGAAGGAGCUAUGGCUCAGAGGGGUUAAAUUAACUGGCCCCCAAUCACAUGGCUAAGAAAUGUCAAUGUAAUGGCCUACAAAUGUGGUUAUCAUUCUGCUUCCACACAGCACCUCUCCAGAUCCCACCACAGCUCCUGCCUUCUCCUUCAGAGCCUCUGGUACAGCCGUAGUAAAUGCUGGUGGCAGGCACACAGCCCUCUCCUGUCCAUGGUCACCACCCCGCCUGUGGUUGCUGGGCUUUCUCCCCACCCCGCAGGUUCCACAGCCACGUCUGGGAUGGCUACCACUUCGCUGCCAGGAGUGGCAACUGUGAAGAGUUCCCCGCACAGUGGCCUUAGCACAUAAUCUCCAGUCUAUUGUUUUCCUCAUCACAAUUGGAAAUUAAUGUCUGCCCCAGUGUAGUAUGUUCAGACAAUGUUCACAAAAUACCCUGUUUGCCUUAACUGACUUAUCAGGGACAGGAUUUUAAAAUGUGGAUUAAGAUAUUAAUAGAAUUUUGAUGGUGGCUAAUUAAACAAUGAUUGCUUUUGGAGUACUUAAUAUUUUGCUUCUAACUAUUUCUGUGCUUUGUUUUUAGUUUAUACUCUAUGUAUAAGUAAUAUCGUUAUUGACGAUGGGAAUAAAUUCAUACAUAAUGACUCAGUCAGCCAAGAAGUUAGGUAAAGUAUAUGUCUCGUUCAUGAAUUAGCUGGGGAGAAAAACACCAACAGGUUAUCGUUGGGUGUCAAGCUCAAGAAAUUGGCUUAGAAAUUAUUCAUUUUUCAUUAUUCAUAUCCCAAGUAACAGAUGCUGUAUUACAUGGGAUAUUGGUUCAUCCAGUUUAACAAAAAUCAAAUGAACAAAGGCUUAAACAAGACAGAAGCGUUUUUCUUUGCCUUCACCAAAAAGUUUAGAAGUGUGAGAUGGUUCUGCUCUACAAGAUUGCGUAGAGAUCCAAGUUCCUUUCCUCUGAUUGCUCUUCUAUGCUCUAAGGAGCUGCUCUUGUCUACAGGGUAGAAACCUGCUCACUACCACCAUGUCUACAAUCCAACCAACUAGAAGGGGGAAAUGGUGGGGGAGGCUGCGUGGCAAUGGAGGGUAAGCAGCCUCUUUCUAAUAUAUCGUUAUCACUCACGUUUCAUUGGCCAGAACUUAGUCAUAUGGGCACUAUGGGCAAGGCAAGCUGGGAAAUAUUUUUUCUGGUUGACAAUAUGAUCAGUCAAAACUUAGAGAUUCUAUUGGCAGACGGAAGAAAAAGAUAAUGGAUAUUGGGAGGCUCUGCCACAGUUGGUUAUUUCUAAAAGGAAUCUCAGAUUGUUUACAAUAAAAUGCAUAAAUAUAAUAAAAUAACAAAUAGACACAUUCAGUAGAGAAAUCCAGGUUAAGAUACUUGGUGGCAGUAGGGUCAAGAAGAGAGGGGAAAAUUGGGGUGAGACUAGGCAAAGUCUCAUAGUAGAGCCUUAGUAUAGUUGAAUAUGCCACUAAAUUUAUAAUUUAUAAUUUAGCAACUAAAUUUAUAAAAUAUUCUAAAUCCUUUGCUGUCAUUUCAGCAAUGUUCACAGCAUCUUCACCAGGAGUAGAUGCCAUAUCAAAAAAGCACGUAGCUUACUCAUCCAUAAGAAGUAACUCUUCAUCCAUGCAAGUUUUAUUCUGAGAUUGCAGCAAUUCAGUCACAUCUUCAGGCUCCACUUUAAUUCUAGUUCCCUUUUUAUUUCCAUCACAUCUGCAGUUACUUCCUCCACUGAGGUCUUGAACCCCUCAAAGUCAUCUGUGAACGUUAAAAUCAGCUUCUUCUUGACUCCUAUUAAUGUUGGUAUUUUGACCUCCUGCUAUGAAUUAUGAGUGCUCUUAAUGGCACUUUGAAUACUGACUUCUUUCCAUGAGGUUUUCUACUGAUUUUCCCCAGAUCCAUCAGAGAACACACUAUCUAUGACAGCUAUAGCUGUACAAAAUGUAUUUAUUAAAUAAUAAGACUUGAAAGUCAAAAUAAGUCCUUGAUACUCAGGCUGCAGAAUGGACAUUGUGUUAGCAGGCAGGGAGACAACAUUCAUCUCCUUGUCCAUCUCCAUCAGAGCUCUGUGUGACUAAGUGUAUUGCAAAUGAGCAGUAAUAUUUUGAAAGGAAUCUUUAUUUUUUUCCUGAGCAGUAGGUAUCAAUAGUGAGCUUAAACUAUUUAGUAAACCAUGCUGUAAAGAGAUGCGCUGUCACCCAGGCUUUGUUUUUCCAUUUGUAGAGCUCAGACAGAAUACAUUGAGCUUAAUUCUAGAAUUUUCAGAAUGGUAAGUAAACACUGGCUUCAACUUAAGGUCAUCAGCUGUAUUAGCCCCUAACAAGAGUUAGUCUGUCCUUUGAAGCUGGGCAUUGGCUUUUAGUAAUGAAAGUCAUCCAUAGCAUCCCUUCCAAUAUAAGGCUGUUUAUCUGCAUUGAAAGUCUACUGUUUAGUGUAGCCACCUUCAUCAGUGAUCUUAGCUAGACCUGGAUAACUCGCUGCAGCUUCUCCAUCAGCACUUGCUGCUUCACUUUGCACUUUGAUGUAAUGAGAUGACUUCUUUCCUUUAACCUCAUGAACAAAUCUCUGCUAGCUUCUAACUUUUCCUCUGCAGCUUCCUCACCUCUCUCAGCCUUCAUAGAACUGAAGAGAGUUAGGGCCCUGCUCCGGAUUAGGUUUUGGCUAAAGGGAAUAUUGUGUUUAAUUUGAUUUUCGAUUCAGACCAUUCAAUCUUUCUCCGUAUCAGCAAUAAGGUUGUUUUGCCUUCUUAUCAUUUGUGUGUUCACUGGAGUAGCACUUUUAAUUUCCUUCAAGAGAUUUUUCUUUCCACUCACAACUUGGCUAACUGGUGCAAAAGGCCUAGUGCUUGGCUUAUCUCGUCUUUCAACCUGCCUUCCUCACUAAGUUUAAUCAUUUCUAGUUUCUAAUUGAAAGUAAGAGAUGUAUUGGAAUCUUUGUUAAAUGUAGCAUUCACCAGCUCUUAAUCAUUUUUACUUAUUUUUAACUUUAUCUCUUUAUGUUUUAACAUGUUGUCUGGUAUGGCUCAGUUUUCCCAUGUUUCACCUAAGGAAAUGAAGAAGGAAGCCCCAACAGAUGAAGUUUUAAUAGAAGAAGGCAGAUUGCAUGUUGCUAUAAUACAAAUGAAACUAUAUGAAAUUUUGGAAACCAGCAAACAGGAUGCUGUCAAAGAAUUAGGGCUCAUAGAGCAUGAAUGUCGUGAUAUUGUCAUUGCUUUGAAGACUAAGCAGGCAAUCCGAAAUGUGAUUGCUGAAGCUCUAAAAAAUCUCACCUUCCUUUGAUCAAGAGGCAUUACUGAUAAACAUGAGGACAUUGAGCUGAAUAAAGUAUUUCUUAAAAAAAUAAAAGCACUAGGUAACUUUCCAGUGGCAAUCCCACCCUCAACUCCUGACAAACACCUUCAUAAUAUCAUUUGGCUGGAAGGUAAAGAUGUUCUCAUUGAGUUCUUCGAGGAAAGAGCCAAACUUUCCUAUUUUGACUGUGGCGAUAUCAUUUGUAAAAAAGGUGAAAUGUCACAAGGAAUUUACUUAAUUAUUUCAGGAAUGGCAAUUUUGCAUAGUUUAUCUCCUACCUUUGGAAUAGGCAGUAGCCAAAGGCCUAAUAGAGAGUCCAGAGCCAUGUUUACAGAGCCCUGUACUAGUGGGGACAUAAUUGGAGAGCUAAUCUGUCUGCUUAUGCACGAAAUUGAAUAUACCAUCAUCUGUGAAACUAUUUUACAGGCCUGUUUUAUCUCCCUGGAGGAUUUAUAUGAAGGCUUUGAUGUCUUCUGGCCAUCUCUGGAAUAUAAAAUAAAGUUUGCUCUCAAUACUGCAUGUCAGUAUUUUAAAUCAAGUCUUAUUGACGAGGACUUAAGGUUUCAGAAGUGUGUGAUGGACAAUCAUGCAUAUGUGGAAACUUUAUCAAGCUAUAAUGAAAUGACUAUUGAUAAUAUGAUCAUGAAAUUGUAUGGCAGUGUAAUUGAUACUAAGACGGAGGAACCAUAUUUUGCACCUUGCAUUAUACCUAAAACCUGUGAGCAGGUUCAGGGAACUUCUGAUUUAAGCAAGCUGCUGAUAAUCCAAGCAUCUCAGCCUGACCACAGCAAUAGUAAAACCAAUGUUAUGGAUUUAGUUAGCCUCAGUCAACCCAAGUCUUCAAACAACCAGGAGAGUAUGUAACUGGAGGACAAAAGAUGAGGUAGUAAACUUGAUACUUUGAUUAGACUUUUUUCUUAUUGCAAAUAUUGAACUGCACAGCUAAAAUAAAGUAAGGUAAAAUAGCAGAAUGUAGGUGGUGAGAAAAGACACUCCAAGCUACAACUGAUUAAUUUGUAGACACAUUAGAAUAAAGCCAGUCUGAAUUACUUAAAAAUGAAAGUUACGAAAUAUUUUUGAAAGACGUAAUUUUGCCCCACCCCAUUUCCACCCCCUCACUGAUAUUUAGGCCAAAGAGUAGGUAUCUAUGGAAUUUGGGGUAAAGAGGGACAUGUAUCAUGCACACGUUUAGACACUAGAGUCUAAAUAUCCAUGUUUCUGCCUUUGGAAUGUGGAUUCCUGGAUGUAUGGAUUGCUAUGCUUGCAGUAUGGGGAGUCACAGGCUGAUCAUAGGCAUCUUCCUAGAGCACCAAUUUUACUUGAGCAUCUUUUAAAGAAAAAGGUUAACUCAUUUAACUGGUAGGUUAUUUAAAUCAUUUUAUAUUAAAAAACAUACUAUCGAGUAAGAUGACAAAUUUGCAUGCAUUUUUAAGAUAAGAGACUUCAAAACAUUUUGUUAUGGAGAGGCACGUGGAUUUUUGCCCCCACAUCUUUUCCUACUUUCCUCAGUGACCAGGACAAAUUUGGAGAAGUUUGAGAAGGCUGGAAGUUGUGCCUAGAGCUGAAGAGGAACGUGGGCCUGCCAUAUUGGACCAGGACAGAAUAGAGACAAAUUUGGUGGUGGUGGGGCAGCCUGCAAGGCUUGUGACUCCAGAUGUCUCUGUUAGGACUCCUGUUUGGGCCAGAGUAGACUGCUGGGUGGACUGGAGGAGCAGAUGGUUCUCACAGGGUAACAGAAUCCUAAGCAAAUGCAGAAGUGGGCCAGGUAGCAGUUACGGUGCUGAGCACAGGCUUCAGGGGCCUUUAGCACCUUCCCUUCUCCCAGCCAGGUGCUGUCAUCCACGUAAACAGCUUUAAGAGAAGUCCCUUGACCCACCUCAGCCCCAACCAGACAGACACCCUGAGACCCUUCUAACAGCAUUGUUGAUACUGCCACUGUUAUUUAUGAUAAUCAAGGUGGUUUGCAGUAUAUUUGUUGGGGGAAGGAAAGUUGCAUUCAGGACAUUUAUGGUCAAUAGUCCCUUUAAACAAGGUAACUUGGUUCUUUUCAGGCAGCUCUUCUAGGGCUUUUCUUUCCUCUCUCUUAAAGGGACCCUAUUUCACAAAUGGAAAUUAAGAGUCAAAUAAUUGAGCUCCUCAUUUGUUACUACCUUGUCCAGGCCCCAUUACUUAAAAAGAGUCUCAUUCUGGUUUACAAAAAAACUUUCCAGUAGCCCCGCAAUCAGUCAUAAAGUUAAUUAGAAUUCGACUCGCGAAACAUUUCUCUUCUUAAACACAGCUUUGUUAGACUACUCUCACUGAAUUCAUGUAGUAUCUCUUCACAAAACGACAGUGUAGAGAUGCACAUGUGAUUAAUUAUAUGCAUCACUGGAAACCCGACACAUGAUCUUUUAGGAGAAAUGUUUCAGAUAAUAAAAUAGAAAUGCUUAAAUGAGUUUUGUGGCUCCAUUUAACAGGUAAGAUGUUUUUCCUAACAUACUUAUAGCCUAAUAUUUAACUUUUGACUUCUUUUUGUGUGUGUGUG